AUGGUCGGCACUAGAAAUGUUGCCUCGUUCGGCCUUAAGAGAAGCAAGAGCAAUGGCAAUGGUCGUCCGGACCAGGCAGACAUCGAAAGCGGCCUAAAUGGCAGGAAGAAACCGAACAUGUUCAGAUUCAGGGACGCCGCCCGUACUGCCCUACAUGACCAGAGAAGAGAAGAUCUCAAGCAGAAAAUCUUGGCUGGUGUUGAAAAUGUAGACAUUGAGCACUUCAGAAAGUCCGACGAGGAGCUCAAGCAGAUCAAAGACAAGAAAGUCAGAAAGUUCUACCAAGAUCAAAACAAUCGUCUCAAUGACUGGGCCGAAGUCGACGCUUUGGUCAAGGCAUUGGCCGAUGAUGUUCUAGACAGCAUGAACCCAGACGCAGAUGGUGAUGGCCAACGAGAACGCCAUGGAGGUCUGCAAGAUGCCGAUGGCGCCAUUUGGGAGUUCCUUCCCGACGAUGUCAAGGAGAACAGACAGAAGGCAGAGAAGAAGGCCAAGUGGGCCAUCAACAUCAACGUUAUUGCCAACAUUCUGCUCCUGAUCGCUAAGCUUGCCGCCGCUUUCUACUCAUCCUCGCUCUCUUUGAUCGCCUCGCUCGUCGACUCGGCUCUAGAUCUACUGUGUACUCUGAUUGUCUGGAGCACCAACAGACUCGUUCAAUGGCGCCUCAAAGCUCUUCGAAAGCGUUUCCCCGUCGGCCGUCGUCGCCUUGAACCCCUCGGUAUUCUCGUCUUCUCCAUCAUCAUGGUCAUCUCCUUCCUCCAGAUCUUGCAAGAGUCGGUACAAAAACUUCUGCCCGAUGCUCCCCACAAGGCCAAGGAGUUGUCUGCUAUCGCUAUCGGCGCCAUGCUGGCCACCAUCAUUGUCAAGGGUAUCAUUGGUCUAGGAUGUGUUCGUAUCAAGACCACUCAAGUGCAAGCUCUGGCCCAAGACUGCAAGACUGACGUUGUCUUCAACACUCUGUCCCUCCUGUUCCCCUUCAUCGGCUACAAAGCAAACGUAUGGUGGCUGGACCCCGUCGGUGCUGGUAUUCUAUCCCUCUUCAUCAUCUACGACUGGGCAGGUACCUGCUUUGAGAACGUCACUAGACUCUCCGGCCAGGCAGCCGACGAGCAGCUGCAAAAGAAAUUGCUGUACCUAUGCUACCGUUUCUCCCCUGUUGUCGAUGGCUUCAAGAGCAUCACCAGUUACCACGCCGGCGACGGUAUCUGGGUCGAGAUUGACUUUCUCCUCAACGACCAAGCUAAGUUGCACAGCACCCACGAUAUCGCAGAGACUAUUCAGUACACCUGCGAGGGCUUGACAGAGGUCGAUCGCUGCUUCGUCACAUGUGACUACACUUCUGCAGGCCCAAGUGGUCACGCCGCCGACUCAGAAAGAGUCUAA